GCCAUACCUGGCAAUGCUCAGAGGUUACUUCUGGCUCUGAACUCAGGAAUCACUCCUGAAGGUGUUCAAGGAAUCAUUUAGGAUGCCAGAGAUAGAACCCAGGCCAGCCACGUGCAAGGCAUGAACCCUACCUGCUCUAGCCUAUAUCUGUUCUUUAAAAAUAAAAAAAAAAAAUUACCACUCCUGGCAGUGCUCAGGGGACCAUUAUGAUGCCAGAGAUUGAAUCUGCAAGGCAAAUGCUUUGAUCUCUAUUCUAUCUCCUUGGAUCCUGCUUUGUUUUCCAUUUUUUUCUUUCGGGUGGGCGGUGAAGGAAGUUGGGUCACACCAUUGUGAUACUUGGGAAACCAUGUGAUGCUGAGCCUCCUUAGCAAUUUGAUACAUUUUCCUGCCCUACUUAAUUUUAUUAUUUUUGGGGAGGGGCCACAUCUGGUGGUGCUCAGGAGUUACUCCUGGCUCUGUGCUCAGGGGAUCAUAUGGAAUGCCGAGAACUGAACUCAGGUCAGCCGCAUGCAAGACAAAUGCCCUACCCACUGUACUAUCGCUCUAGUCUCCUGCCCUCCUUUAUUCUUUAUGUGUCACUUUUGACCUUUAAAUGUAAAAGUUAGGGAUUGGUCAACAGGCUAAGCACUCUGCGUGCUGGAGGCCUGGGUCCACUCCCUGGCACCACCUGGUCCCCAGAGACCCAAGCACAGAGUUGGGAGUAGUUCUUCAAUACUUUCUGUGUGGUCAAACAAGCAAAAACAUAAUAAUAAACUCUUGACUUAAAAAACUAGUAGCAAACCACUGCCAACCACCACUUAGGACUAGGAAAAAGGGAAGAUGUUGGCGGGGAAAAGAGGCGUCUAUUACCUUGAAGAGGAACAGUGCUGAGAUCGUGGGUAGGGGAGCCUGUGUUCCUCCGACGAACCAGCAGGCGGCACUGUCUCCUUGGGCUGGAAGGCAUCGGCGCUGCCGAGUUCUGUCUAGGUGGUAAUCCCACAGAUUUGCUGGGACCAGCUGCUGAAAGUGGGGUUUUCCCUAGCACUGUAAGACUUCGACCCGUUGGUGCCUCCAGGUGGUGGCCGUCGGCGCUGCAGCAGAAGAGGCGUGAGAGGAGAAGGGUGGGCAGCACAGCUGAGCUACCCGCCGCCGGCGCAUCCAUCCCUCCCGGGCCUAUAAUUUGGGUUCCCCGGGCCUGGCCGCCCCUAUCAGUGGCUCAGCAAUCGAUGAGUCACCCGGGACCCUGGGCCAAGGCAAACAGGGGGUGGGGAGGAGGUUCCCAAGGCUGUGCGCAGCUUUGGCCACCGCCUCGGCUUGCUCGAGUUCCCCCAUCUCCCGGGGCCCCCGCUGGCCUUUUUGCCCCCACCUUCCAGGGCCCCCAUGUUUCCCUAGGUCCUGCUACUACAGCCCUCAAGAUGGGAGGGAGCCCUUCAUCCUAGAGGCGAAGGGCACCCCCAGCUCCCACCCCUGCCCUGAAAGAGUGACAGCCCCAUACUUUCCCCCUCUUGUCAAGGCCCCAGUGCUUGUCAAGGUCUCUCUGGUUCCCGCCCCUCCCCUUUCCUGGAGCGGGCCGCGUGCUUGGGGUAUUAGGCAAUGGGUGUGUACCCACAGCCUGCUCCAGGCCCCGCCUGCCCCACCACCCUCCAGCCCUGCGGGUCAGUGCUCAGGCCAAUCGGUCGGGCAGAGGGCAUUGCGGGCCAGCAGAGGCCACCCAGGGUGCCUGCCUGUGGCGUCCCCCAGAAUUGUGCAGGGAGAGGGAAUGGGAUGUGGGACAGGGUCAGGGAGAAGCUGGAAUCUACCGGGCUAGUCCUGGGCCCUCCUUGGCACUUGACCACGCCUGACAUGGGUAGGAGUGGAAGAAACAUGAAACCCAAGGGAGACUCAGACACAUGUGGGCAAACAUAAAUGUCUGAGAGGUGCCCUCUGGGUACAAGAAACCUCAGCCCCCUGUCCUCCACCCUGGGUGGAGUCCAGACUGCCAUGCAGAAAGGACAAGGAGCACUGCAGGGAACACCCCAUCCGAGCUCCUGAGACAGGCUUGCAGAUUCGGGUGCGCUCGAAAGCCACGUGUGGGUUGUUUCUUGGCACCAGGGUGUCUCGUCCUCCCUGCACCACUGAUGGAGAGGCAGGAAAGCAGAGGAGCUGCCUUCUGUGGUCACAACAGCCCCUGUCAGGGACCAUGGCACUUGCCCCUUCCCAGCCUGCUCACGUCCUGGUGCUCAAAGUGCUUCCUAAUUCCCCCUCUAGAUGUCUGUCACUGAUCCGUCAAGUUGCUCUGCUCCCUUCAGCUGGGGCAGGACCUGCUGCAGAAGAGCCUGGCCUCGCCGGAGGCACGGCCACCGCCAGGAAGAGAUGACCAUGGCUGUGGGUUUCAGGCCCGUGGCUGCUUCCCCGGGGGUCUGUUUCUGAGUCAAUGUGCCAGGCUUGGGAGCACGGGGCCAACUGUGCCUUGGACUGCGGUCUGGCAGGGGUGGGGGGCGGCUGGGAGGCUUGGGGCCCCUCUCUGGCAAAAAUAGCCCACAGUGGUUGGAGCGGGAGGGUGAGUCAGGCAGGAGCACAACGGCAUCUAACCCCUUCACUGCCGCUGGGGCUCCCUCAGGCCGGCUGCCUGGGUCUCUGCACCCAGAGCAGACUCUCCUCAGCUGUCCGCAGUUUGAGAUCCGGUAAAGCCAGUCUGCGGAGCUGGAGCCUCUCUGUGGGCUGUCUGAAGUGCGGAGCUGGAGUCCUGGAAAAGGCAGAGACCUCUGUGGGCAGGGAAGCCUGUGAGCUGAGGAAAUCGAAGGGCAGGCUGAUGGUCUUUGGGGCAACCCAGUCUCUGCGAGGGAGAACUCUGAGGCCAGAGCUGACCCCUCCCAAGGGGCAGGCGCAGAGCUCAGAGGUGGGUGGAAGUUUCUGAGCGUCCUGCUUCUGCUGCCAGCCCCAGUGUCUGGCACGGGAAACUCUCCAGCCACCGUCCAAUGCCUGAUCAGCAAUCAGCUCCAUCUUCACUGGACUGGAGGUGCCCUCCAGCCACCCCUGCUCUCCAGGGGAAACUGAGGCAGAGAGAAGUGAGAAAAGUCUUGGCCACUUGCACCAAUUCUUGGUUCUCUAACAUGGGCCAGUGCAUCCUUUCUGCAGCCUUGACAACCACAAAGCAGCGGCCGCUGGGGAAGCGGCGAAGAGGAGUGGCCCUGCCCUGGAAGAAUGCGGCUCUGCCGUGGGGGCAGAGCCCAACGCAGCCUCCCCAGGAUCUGAGCAGCUCGAGCUGAGCCCGGGCCACCCGGCCGGGUGGAGCUGGACCCCGCGCCAGAGCCGCGGGGCGGCUGGAGGCCCUGCUCCGGCAGCGCGGGGCCCUCGGCGGGCUUGGCCAUGCCCGGGCUGGAGGGGCCCCGGCCGCGGCCUCCGCCUUCGGGUCUCGCGGGUCUCCUGUUCCUGGCGCUGUGCAGUCGGGCCCUAAGUAAUGAGAUCCUGGGCCUGAAGCUGCCCGGGGAGCCGCCGCUGACCGCCAACACCGUGUGCCUGACGCUGUCGGGCCUGAGCAAGCGGCAGCUGGGCCUGUGCCUGCGCAGCCCCGACGUGACGGCGUCGGCGCUCCAGGGCCUGCACAUCGCGGUCCACGAGUGCCAACACCAGCUGCGCGACCAGCGCUGGAACUGCUCGGCGCUCGAGAGCGGCGGCCGCCUGCCGCACCACAGCGCCAUCCUCAAGCGCGGUUUCCGCGAGAGCGCUUUCUCCUUCUCCAUGCUGGCUGCGGGGGUCAUGCACGCGGUCGCCACGGCCUGCAGCCUGGGCAAGCUGGUGAGCUGCGGCUGUGGCUGGAAGGGCAGUGGCGAGCAGGGCCGGCUGCGGGCCAAGCUGCUGCAGCUGCAGGCGCUGUCUCGGGGAAAGAGUUUCCCCCACUCCCUGCCCAGCUCAGGGCCUGGCUCUGGCCCCAACCCUGGCCCCCAGGACACAUGGGAAUGGGGUGGCUGCAGCCAUGACAUGGACUUUGGAGAGAAGUUCUCUCGGGAUUUCUUGGAUUCCAGGGAAGCUCCUCGGGACAUCCAGGCACGAAUGCGAAUCCACAACAACAGAGUGGGGCGCCAGGUGGUCACAGAAAACCUGAAGCGGAAAUGCAAGUGCCAUGGCACAUCAGGCAGCUGCCAGUUCAAGACCUGCUGGAGAGCUGCCCCGGAGUUCCGGGCCGUGGGAGCAGCACUGCGGGAGCGGCUGGGCCGGGCCAUCUUCAUCGACACCCACAACCGCAAUUCGGGGGCCUUCCAACCCCGCCUGCGUCCCCGCCGCCUCUCAGGAGAGCUGGUCUACUUUGAGAAGUCUCCUGACUUCUGCGAGCGUGACCCCGCGGUGGGCUCCCCAGGCACCAGGGGCCGGGCCUGCAACAAGACCAGCCGCCUGCUGGACGGCUGUGGCAGCCUGUGCUGCGGCCGGGGGCACAACGUGCUGCGACAGACACGAGUCGAGCGCUGUCACUGCCGCUUCCACUGGUGUUGCUACGUGCUGUGUGAUGAGUGCAAGGUGGCAGAGUGGGUCAAUGUGUGCAAGUGAGGGGCUGCCUGGCGGCGGAGCUGGGGAGCGGGAGGGGCACCCUUCAUCUGCUGCUGAUCUCCGGCCAGGGGCCAGGGUCGGUCUUCACAACUGGAGCUUCAAAAUAUCUGCCUGCCUUUGCAGGUGGUGGCAGGGCCAGGCGGGAGCCUGCUGUGCAGCCUGCCCCCUCUCCCCACCCCCCAGGCAGCUGGACGGAAGCUGUCAGUCCUCUGUUGCUCCUUUUUGGGGUUUCUUUUCUCUGAAGGCACACUCCGCAGUGCUCAGGGGCUAUUCCCGGCGCUGUGAUCAGGAGGGACUUCUGGCAGUGCUCCAGGAGAUCAUACUUGGUGCUGGGGGACAAAUUGGCAUUGACUGUGUGCAUGACCACACCCCUCUGUACUGUACUACCUGUCUCUUCUUCCUGUCUUCUCUUUCUCAUUCCACCCUACGGCUUUCUUUGUUCCCCUCGCCCCUGUCCCUCUCUAUCCUACACCUGGCUGUACUAAGAGCUUACUCCUGGCUCUGUGCUCAGGGAUCACUCCUGGUGGUACUCAGGGGACCAAUGCAGUGCUAGGGGUCAAACCCGGGUUUGGCCAUGUGCAAGGGAAGUGCCCUACUGCACUCCCUCUCCGGCUAUUCCUUCCUUCCUUGCAAUUGAACCCAGGACCUUACUCAUGAUGGUCAAGUGCUCUACUGCUAAGCCACUUUCCUGUUGUCCUGUUAUCCCCCUGUCACUUUUUGCUUCUAAAAUACCUGAAGGGACAAGAUGAAAUGCACUGUGUUGUUUUCCUUCCCCGGUCCUGGGUUCUCUUCCACACUGAUCCAUACUCCUGUGUCUGGGGAGUACCUCUAGUUUGACCACUCUUUUCCUUUGAGCUAGUUCCGGAUGCCUGGUGAAUUGUAAGACUAGUAUCUGAUAAGCACCUUCUCGCGGUAAUGGAAGACAGUAGAAGGGAGGUUUUUUCUUGGGGGAGGAAAAGAGUUGGGGAUUCCCUCUCAUUUGCAGUCAUCUGUACAGGCUCAGAGAGAAGCUGCCUCCCUCCAUUCAGAUAUUAAGGAACUUACAAAGGAAGAGUUUUACCUUGAGACUAUUUUUCUUUCAGCAGGAGGGUGGACUGGAUAAUUUAUUGUACCGAGACUUGUUCUUGGUUGCUCUUUGUAACUAAAAUAAAUAAAGUUACU